GGGAGACAGUCUGGUUCCGUAGCCAGGCCCUUGUACACAUUCUCGUGUUUUGUCUAUGUGUGAAAUCGUUUUUCCAAGUGCUCUGAAAUUCAAUAGCGUCCAGUGGUUAUAAAUUCGACUCAGUAUACUAGACAAUUCACCGAAAAUAACCUCUAACAUGCUGACGGCCCAGCAGAACGAAUUCAAGAUGAUGGACUGCGGCACCGAGACGCUGACCGAUUCCCGUUCCAGCUCCAGCCAGGAUCUGAAAACGCUUUCGGAGAUGGAUCUGCGUAAGCCCCUCAAGGGGAUCGUCGAUGUGCGCUUGAAACAUCCCCUGGAGAACACCUGGACGCUCUGGUAUCUGGAGAACGAUCGCACCAAGUCCUGGGAGGACAUGCAGAACGAGAUCACUAGCUUCGACAUGGUCGAGGACUUUUGGAGCCUGUACAAUCACAUCAAGCCACCGUCGGAGAUUCGAGUGGGCAGCGAUUAUUCGUUGUUCAAGAAGGGCAUACAACCGAUGUGGGAGGAUGAUGCAAACAAGUACGGCGGCCGCUGGGUCAUCAAUAUGGGGCGUGGCUCCAAACUGGAGCUCGACAAGCUCUGGCUAGAUGUGCUACUCAUACUGAUUGGCGAGGCCUUUGAGCACACUGAAGAAGUCUGCGGCGCUGUUAUCAACUUGCGCGGGAAGAGCAACAAAAUUUCAAUUUGGACCGCCAACGGGCACAACGAGCUGGCCGUCAUGGAGAUUGGACUCAAGCUACGCGACCUGCUCGUCCUGCCGCCACACCAACUGCAGUACCAGCUGCACAAGGACUCGAUGUCCAAGCAGGGAUCGGUGGUCAAAGCGGUUUAUUGCGUGUAAGCCGCCCCGGUUGUGAAUGCACAUGCAACCACCACCCAUAUUUCCAUGGCCGCUUUGGCCGGCUGCUGUUUUCAGCGCGUGUAUCCAAAAAAAUGUAAAAAAAAAUGUAUCGUGACACAGAACGGGUUUUAUGAAUUUGACAAUGUUAAAAAUUGCAAAGAAAUCUGUAAAUAUAUAGACUAUACUACA